AUGAGGGACAUUGUUCGGGCAGCAACGCUGCUGCUCGUCUGCCUCGUCACCUUUACGAUAGCAUGGUCCAAAGAGGAUCACGAAAUCUUCCGGCUGCGGGACGAAGUGCUCGCCGGCGAAGGCCAUAAUGCCACGUUCUACUCCUUCCUCGGUGUCGGCCCCACUGCCAGCAACGAAGAAAUCAACAAGGCCUAUCGCGCCCUAUCGCGCAGGCUGCAUCCGGACAAGGCCCGAAGCACCUGGCUGGCGAAUUACAACAAGCCCCAGAAGCCGAAUUCAAAGCCAGGCGCAAAGCCGACUGUGCAUGUCCAGAAGGACAAGAAGCCGUCGCAGAGCGAGAUCACCAAGUUCAAUAAAGAGGCGUCGGCGAGAUUUGAGCGAUUGAGCUUGGUUACCAACGUCCUGCGUGGACCGGAAAGAGAGAGGUACGAUCACUUCUUGAGAAAUGGCUUCCCCGUUUGGAGAGGUACUGGAUACUACUACGAACGAUUCCGACCGGGUCUUGGAACGGUACUACUCGGCCUUUUCGUCUUUGUUGGUGGAGCAGUGCACUAUGGAGCCAUGUACCUGAGCUGGAAGAGGAAGCGUGAGUUUGUCGAGCGAUACAUCAAACACGCCAGGAAGAUGGCUUGGGGCGACGAAGCAGCAUACAACUCCAUUUCGGGUAUAGGAGAAGCGACUGGAGCUUCCACGUCCACACAGCGACCGCAGGAAAGCGAAGAGAGCAUGCAAUGGAACAGGAAGCAAAAGCGCGCCAUGGAGAGGGAGAAGAGAAAGGAAGGCAAAAACCCCGUGAAGAGCGCGAGGGCGGCCGAGAAAGCAAAGACCUCUGGCAUCUCUACCCCCGUCGAGGCUGAAGUGACUUCGGGGCCAGUUGGAGCGAAGAAGCGCACUGUUGCAGAGAACGGCAAGGUCUUGAUCGUAGACAGCGUUGGGAAUGUCUUUCUGGAAGAAGAGACAGAGGAGGGUGAACGACAGGAAUUCCUUCUCGAUGUAAGUGAUCCAGGCGGUCUGUACUGGUGUCGAGAUGGAAGCUAAUUAACAUAUCACAGCCCGACGAAGUGCCCGUUCCUUCCAUCAACGACACCUUCCUAAUCCGUCUUCCAGUGUUCUUGUACAACCAAUCGCUGGGAAAGGUGCUCAAUAAGCAAACCGCAGACCACAUCGAAUGGGAAGCAGAAGGCGGCGAGCAAGAACAAGUCGACGAGGUCGAAGCUUCACUCCGCUCUGCAAUUCCAGCCAAUGCGAACGGCGAAUCGCGGAAAAGGAAAUCAAAAGCAAAGUGA